AUGUCACAAGCUCAAAUACAACCGUGUCGCUACAAGACGGGCAAGACUCUCGGCGCCGGGUCGUAUAGUGUUGUCAAGGAGUGCGUGCACAUCGAUACCGGUCGCUACUAUGCUGCCAAGGUCAUCAACAAGCGCCUGAUGGCCGGGCGUGAGCACAUGGUGCGCAACGAGAUUGCCGUCUUGAAGCGCGUGUCUAUGGGACACCAGAACAUCCUCACCCUGGUCGACUACUUCGAGACGAUGAACAACCUGUACCUUGUGACGGACCUUGCUCUGGGCGGAGAGCUGUUCGACCGCAUCUGUCGCAAGGGCUCAUACUACGAGAGCGACGCCGCAGACCUGAUCCGUGCUACCCUGUCCGCCGUUGCUUACCUGCACGACCAUGGCAUUGUGCAUCGCGACCUGAAGCCCGAGAACCUGCUUUUCCGCACGCCCGAGGACAAUGCAGACCUUAUGAUUGCCGACUUUGGUCUCUCGCGCAUCAUGGACGAGGAGCAGUUCCACGUCUUGACGACCACCUGCGGCACUCCUGGCUACAUGGCUCCCGAGAUCUUCAACAAGAGCGGCCACGGCAAGCCCGUCGACGUUUGGGCCAUCGGCGUCAUCACCUACUUCCUCCUUUGCGGCUACACCCCCUUCGAUCGAGAUAGCAACCUCGAAGAGAUGCAGGCCAUCCUCGUCGCCGACUACUCCUUCACGCCUCUCGAAUACUGGCGCGGCGUCUCGCUGUCCGCCCGAGCCUUCAUCAAGCGCUGCCUGACCAUCGAUCCCACGAAACGUAUGACGUCCCACGAGGCCCUGAGCCACGACUGGAUCGCUGGUCCUGCACAAGACAGAGGCAACGAGGAUCUGCUGCCCACCGUCAAGAAGAACUUCAACGCAAGAAGAACCCUACACAAAGCCAUCGACACUGUUCGCGCUAUCAACCAACUCAGAGCAGGUGGCGGUAUGGGCAUGAUGGAUGGCGCUCAGUCUCACCGGCCCGAACGUGUCGACACUGCCGCACCAAAGGACAAGGACGGAGACGUCAACAUGGACUCCAAGGCCAACGGUCAGGCUGCCAUGGCUGCCUGA